CUCUAGGCGAAAUACUUUCGCUCAUGGUGGUCGAUUAUCAACUGGCCAAAUGGUAGGUCCUUGAAUAUCAUUGGCUUAUAGUCAAAUGCAAACGUUCGAUCGUAUAGAUAGAGCACGGAUUUCUAUGUACGGGCGUGUGUUCGAACUCGUUUUUACGAUAGGAACGUAAUAAUAAGAACGCUACAAAUUAGUUCGACACAGAAAAGCCACACAGAUAAAAUAGAUUUAGCAGCGAAUUUUUAUUUAGUAGAAGAUUCUAAGUAAAGACGCGCUAUAUUGCUCCCGUGACAUGUCUGUUUGCGGUCAUCGAGUGUCGCCAUCUAUCGACUGCGUAGAGGGUGCAUAAGGAUCGUGGAGAGCCUGAUAAUUUGGUUAUUGUGUGUCACUAAAAACAUCGUGUGCGCUUUAUAACGUUGUCAACGUCAUUACGUGCGAGUGAAAAAGACUCGAAUUGCGUUUGUGAUUGAGAGUUUGUGAUGGACAGACGGUCGUUCCAGUUCUCGAAGUUGCCAGCGCGUGCAGUGAAGAAGACAUUGUACUCGCAGGAAAAAUUUGAGUUACUGCCGUAGACGUAAUUACGUUGCCUAAAGUAGAAAUCACCUGCGCAACCGAAGACAGCAAGCGCACAAUCAAAUUUAACAUAAAAGAAACAACAUCAAUAGUUACUGUUGUUAUUAUUCAGCUUUAAUAAGCGUCCGGACUCAUUAGCGAGACUCACAAACGAGAUACAGAGGAAGAAGGAACUUUAAGCACUAGCGCUACGUAACACCUAGUGGCGCCAACGAAACCCUCCAGUUGCCGUUUACUCAGUCCACGUUUGGUCGUAUGUUUGACGUGAUGAGUAAUUACAACUACAACGUAAUCCUCGUUCACUUCAUCUACGACGCCACACAUUGCGCUUCGAUGUCACCCCGCGUUCAUCGCAUCGGCCGCAUUUACCCACCUCGGCCAACAACGGCGUGCUAAGACGACCGAUUUCCUUGUUUUUUAACUUUGUGAAAAGCGAAUCACGCGGUAUUGACAUUCGUUAGCAAAAAAAAAAAAAAAAACGGGAAAAGCCCUAGUGUUACAGGCUGGUUCAUCUUCGAUUUUCCACAAUUUUUUCCGUCAAAUUUUCGUUUAUGGCCGAAACGCAUAACAAAAAUAUCGUCGAUACUUCUAGACAGAAGAAAUCAGCCACACUGUCCGCUUGAUUCGUUGAAGUUUUGGUUUCAAGUUGGAUAGUGGUGUAGACAACAUACAUAUUUAUCUGGUAACGUCUUUUAGAAGAAAAAAAAAAGAGAGAAAAAAUUAGUAAGAAAAUGGUUGUCAAAGUUUCAUGUGUCUAUUAGACUCUACGCUUUUUUUCCAUUUGUUCCUGUACAUGUUUUGCUAUUGAUUGUUAGUGCUCGUUGCUGUCUGCUAACUGCAAUAAUCAUCAGCGAUAUUUACUUGACGUGUUUCGGUGUAGACAAUCAUCGUACUUUGUUUUCAUUGACGACACGUACACACGUCAUCCAACGAAGCUAGACGUAUUCCGUAUGUGUGCAGCUGCAUGUUGAGGCUAUCUGCAGACUAGCGCUAAGCGACUCAUACCGUCUUCGCGGAUUAUCUGUGAUCGAAAUAGAAAUCUCGGGACGCCGUGAAUUUUCACGGAGACAGGUUUUUGGUGGCUUACUACGUUCAGCUAGUAGCAGCUCGUCCUCCCGGUCACCUGCUCACUGUCUAAUAGACGCAUUUAUCGGCAGUAGCAGUCGUGUUAGGCCACUGUCAUUGUUUACGCGUUAACGAGCCUAAAUGACAGAAAUAGCGUUCAGCACAAUUACUCUGUUACGUUCGUUUGUAGCCACAGGCUACUAAUUCAACCUGCCAUAUUAUAAAAGAAACAAUACCAACAUAACGGCAAGCACUGCAAUCGCGGAUGUUCGGUGCAGUGCGUCGAUGGCGACGGCGUACGGCGUCGAGCGGCGGUGCAACGGAGUGCCGCGUGAAUUUUUAACCACGCCAAUCGUUCACCGGCGGCAGACAGUUACGACUGCGAUUGAGAUCGUACGAAAUCGUUUAGCAACGGUGGUUACGCUCGCCGCCUAUACGAUGUUCGAUUAAAUUCGCGCCUAUGGCCUAUGAGCUAACUAACGGAUAUCGUUCAUCUUCUGCUGUAACAACCACGAGUAUAGUUGUGUGAUUGGAUUAUCGACACGGCCUUACGUUGGUUUUACUGUGUUCUUUCCUGUUGCGCAUAAUCCAGUUGUAGCAGAAAGCAGCUUAGCGAAGCGCGGCAGUAAUUAAAUGGAUGAGCCGGCCUGCGGAGUGAACGGACCGACGAGGAAGGCUCGCCGUUGCACAUACCUACUACUGUCCAUACGCGUCAAGACAACAAGUAUUUGCCUGCUAGCAAACGAUUAAGGCCAAGCUAACAGCUUCAUCCAAUAGGGCCUAAACGAUGUCAACGGCGGAUGACAAGUUUGGGUACGAUACGAAGUCGUGAAUACACAAAUGGUGUAUCUUGUGCCAUGCGGGUGAAUAAGUCGAACCGAAAUCGAGCGAAGAUCGAUCAUCUAAACAUGAACUCCUAUUGUGAUUAAAUCCUUGGAUCAUUAUCAUCAUCGCUGCUGCGACCCGCACGGCUACGGCUAUCGUUAUUAGGAUAGGCCACAGGCAACAAGCAAAAAAAAGCAAACGUCAUCGAACUAUAUCAGCUUCCAUCGACGCCACAGACGACAUCGUCGGUUUGGGCAACGCAUCUGAUAGCAGCUACAGACCGAAUUGAUAGGGCUAAAUUUGAAACAGUCAAAUCUAGAAGAAAUGGAAGCUUUGAGUCUAGCGGGCGAGUUUCCGCCAGAAACGUGCAAAUCAUUUGCUUGACGUAAGCUGUCGCCAGCGUUGCUUGGGUCGUAUAGGCCAUUUGCAACAGUAUCGACAGUUAACGAGUGGUACAGCAGCAGUUGUUAUUAUUAGAAAUAAACAGCGUCAUCGUUUCAUAGAGGUUAUCAACAUCGUUCCCGACGUUACUCGAAAAAAUCCACGAAAGAAGAAGAAACCUGCAAAGGGAAGAUUACGAAAUACAACAAAAGCGAACACACUUCGGUGCCUGACUGUCAAAUAAAUGCAUUUAUGGUAAGGGCUGCUUUGCUAGUCUUUCUGAACAUUUUUACACUAGUUUAAUAUAAACUAGACACUUCCAGUGGUGGUACUUGGAGCGAACAAUCGCUAAGCGACUUCAACUGAUUCGGUCCAGCAGCCCAAAAUAGACCCAACUACUUGUCCCAUCGAGAAACCCGCUGAUCUCAGCAGUAGCGUAACAUCCAUGCAUUGAUCAUCGUUAGAAAGCAGAUCGUAAAGCGUCGGCUCAACGCGCUGUGCGGCUAUCGUUUUGCGUGUUGAUGUUGGACGCUGUCUGCAGACUUCGUCGUCGGCUGCAGUGGCUUCCACGCCAACUCUUGACUCCACAACAAAAGACGCGGCCGUAGCAGUAGAUUCGAUUUUUCUUGUUGUUGUUGUUGUUGUUGUUGUUGCGAGGUAAAGUGGAGGAGCGUUACUGCUCUUGCGUCACGGAAUAGAAGACGGCGCUACCAGAAAACAGUCAUCAGUCGAGACAGGGGUGAAGAAGCAAGGAUCUUUGUCGACUGAGUCGACAGGACGACUCGCCAGGCGACUGUGUUCGGUCUCGCCUGUAGACUGUGGACUACUAUUGUUACUUGGUGCUCGUUUGUGUUUUGCGUCUUCCGAUUUCCGUCCGACGCUGGGCCGUGCACUGUGAUCAGAGGUGAAAAGGUUCAAUUCAGGAACUAUUGCUGGAACCAUAAUUUUUCGAGCCGUUGUUGUGUAUUACCUGCUCGCCCAUUGACAGGGUUGUUGAUCAGAGUCUACAGUGAUAAAAGUUUUGCUUAAAUCGAAAUGGCCAGCAUCCUGUAACGAAGAGGGUGUUCGUCGUUAGUUUAAUAAAUGAUAAUUCUUGUUAUUGUUCGAGAUUGAUGUCGUGUUAGAACUAUUGAAUCUAUAUAGUAUUAGUGUAAAUUAAUCGUCAACGGCAACGGCAACAACAACCCGAACAACAAUUAGAUUUAUGAUAGCAGCAAACAAUUAAGAUGACUAUCGACAAUGUUAAGGAUGAAACGUGGAUCAGAAUCGCCUCCCGAUGGCUUGGAUAUGUCGCGUUGGCCUGGGUCAGUUAUCUGAUCUAUCAGGCUAGCGGCAUCUCGAUCUCGGAACAGCUUGCCAGACUAUCAGAACGUCGGAAGCCCAGUUCGAACCCACAAAUCCGAGUCAUCCCAGCGACGCCUUCGGCGCUGGAGAAGAGGCUCGAUGAGGUGUUCUCAGCUUCGGCUGUAAGCUCGAAUCAGGCAAAUAACGCCAACGCUCAACAAUCGGCGCCGUCGACGACAUCAUCAGUUCCUUCCGAAUGGGUACGUCUGGCCUCGAGAAAACAAAACAAAUCGAAUUUUGUUCUUCAUUCGCCCAAGCGGGUGAAAAACAACGAAGUACCGGAUGGCAGCAUUUCCAGCAGCGCCGCUGUGAGUGUCAAUCGCACUGAGACAGACUCAGAUACUGGUGAUCUUCUUCAAAAAGCAGCAGCACGUAAUCAAGAUGAUGAUGUAGACCAUAAACAGAAAAAACCGCAACAGCAACUGUCACAGCGGCAAAUAGCGCAAUCAGUAAACGCUGAUUUUCAACUUCCCGAGGCAAUAGUUUCUGACGAAGCGUCAGUGAUGCGUUCGCCGGCAACGCCAAGAGUAACAUCAUCGAUGCCAACCGAAGCUCGGGGCCCAACUGAGGCGCCUUCGACUUCUCUUGUGGGUAGUAGUUGUAGCAAGAAUUUCGAUGAUCGGCUUUGCGAUCUCGCCAACCGUUUUCACGUGACCCGGUGUUCGUUUUCAGUCGACAAGGCUACCAGUUUCGGGGUACCGGUGACGCUCCUCACCCCUGAAGACGUUUGCCCGCCUGACACGCUCAUUGCGACCGACCUGACUUCUGCUAAUAACGAUCAUUACAGCAGCACCAACAACAAAAAUAAUAACACUCAACACGACCAUCAAUACCAGUAUCAUAUCGUUACCACCCCCACUCACGGCACCGGGAAAGGCGCUGAACCAGCUGCGCCCAGUAACGACCAAGUCGCAUCAGAAUACGAAUCACUUACGGAAACAGCCGUCGCCGUAGACAAGUCAACAUCACUUAAUCUCGUAUCCCAGUCGAAUAGCGGCAAGAGGCCGGGUAAGCACCUCACUAAUAAUAACGGCAACGGCGAUGCUCCGCUCACAAGCCAUGAGCAUGAUAGCAUUAAUGACAACGCUCAUAGUCACAAGAACGAAAAUAACAACAAUGAAUCUAACAAUAAUAACACAGACCCAAGUUAUAGAGCUUUUCAGGCUCACGCUUCUCAUAGCGCCAAUGCAAAUACAUAUUGCGAAGUAAACGGUUCUGGCAGGCUCUCGCCAGUGGCAUCACUGUUAGUAUGCCCUGAUUCUGAUAACGCAUUGUCUUGUAGCAGUAGCAGCAACAGCAACGAAAUAGCUGUCAGCGUUGAUAAUAAAACAACUGCUACGCGUUCGAUUGUAACGAAUAGGACUGCUGUUGCCGCAGGAGCAUCUUGUGCUUCUAUACAGACCAAGGCUACUGUAGCUCACGCUGUCAGCACUACUACGAGUACUGCUGACGCUUCUAACCAGCACGUAUCGCUUUCUGACAGCUUUGACAAAGUCGUAGGCGCGUCCACUAACGCUGAUGCCGGCGAUCCCGCCACGGUCGCCCCUUUUCGCGAUCAAGACAGCAGCGACCGGCAAGACAACAGACAGCAAGACAGCUGGGGCAAAACACGUCUAUCGCAUAGUAUACUCGACCUUGUUGACACUGACGAAGGGCAACAAGGUCAACAACAACAACAACAGCAGCGUCCACAACAGAAUCAUCGCCAAGAACCCUCGGGCUUUCAGUCGCGACACAUGGGUAAUGGCGAAAGUUGCCCUCAGCUGGAGCAGUCAUCAACGAGCAAACAGCAGCUGGUAAACCACUCUUGCACUCUGCAAAGUGGUAGAGGCUUCGCUGACAUCGGCAGCGUUGAUAUGAUUAACGAACGUUGCGGGACCGACUCGCGUGGCGAUAUUCAUCAGCCAACUGCCGGUCAGAUAGGACAAGCUAGGAAAUUGUCGCCGACAAUAGCAGCGGCCUGCAGGAGAACCUCUACAAGCGGCGCUCUAGCCGAAGAUACUUAUCUUUCGGCUGCCGACGUCAGUACUGCGACCGCUUCUCGUUGCGUUGGUCUUGUUCCUGGCCGGAGAACUGGAGGUGAUCCGCUCUUGGUGCAGGUGCUCUGCGAUAUCAAUGACGUUGACGAAUACCAUCAGUUGACGAGAAGGGAAAGCGUAGACGAACCGUGGCCUCUCCCCGGCCUACCGAGUUUCCAUUCGGACGUUGGAUCCAAAGCGGAUUUUGGGUCUGAUGUCUUUGGCCUUGGUCACAGUGAGCGCGGUACGAUCGAGACCGGAGUUCGGAAAAGAACUCAACCGCAAGAACGGCAAGGAGACCUGUCAUCUAAUCGUGGCAACUGUGCUAUUAAAAAUAAAACGAGUGGGUUGGACGGCGAUUUUGCUGUAGAGCUAGACUGUAGCAGUGUUAAAACCAGUGGUGAGGUGGGGGGUUCGAAGUGUCGUGUACAGUCACCUCAUUCUGGCAAUGUGACCGCGGCGCAGGUUAUUUCCGAUGGUGAGGACAAGAUUUCAUCGAAGAGCCCGGAGCAAACUCCGGAAAAUCACGUUACUGAGUCGUUGAAGGUUAAGCAGGAAGCUGAAGCCGUGCGAUGGGAUUUGUUAAGACGGUCAAAUACGGGUCAGGAAAAAAGUGACUCAUUAGAUUCGUCGUGUGAAGAAGAGGGUGUUGCAGUAAACCAGCAGAACGAUUAUCUUACGGGCGGAACUAAUGAAGUAGACUCCGCCGUAAGCGAAAAAACUAAGCAACAGGUUUCGUUGCCGGACUUUAGAACGCCUCCACCCUGGCCCAGACCUACGUUUCAUAACGAUUUCAGCGUAGGCUUGGAAACCAUGGACAUUAACGCCAACAAUAACGAGUCUAUUAACAGCCAGAAUGAGGAAAUUAGUUCAGUGCCGCAGCUACAUGUGAUCAAUGUUCUCGAUGGCAUUCUAUUCCAAGGCGGAGUUGAACGUAGGGUCCUUCGAACGUUUGAGAGUGGUGGCGAUUACGAAAUGGUCUAUCGAGAUAAGCUCGACCGUCUGACCGUUGGGAAUGACCACAGUCUUAAUGAAAUGCGUUCCAACUCAAGUACGCCUGAUAGUACACGGGAUCAGCGUAACCGAAAAGCGAUUCGCGAGGAGGAUUUUAGCGACCUCCUGCCGCCACUCAGUCCCGAUCCCGGCUACGAUUCGUACUCAGACCGCCUGCUUGGAAGCCCUGAUGAUUGCUUCGAGAGAUUGGUACGAUCAGCAUCGCCGGUGCAGCUUCGAGUCAUCACCGAAGAGGAAGAAGCCGACAGACCUCAGUCAGCGCCUAUUUCAUCGAAUACAAAACAAUCUCUCGGUUACGAAGAGACCACUAUGGUUAGGGUCAACUCAUCGGCGACAACGGCCCCCACAACGACAGGAACACCUUCAGAUAAAGAAGACCGGGAGCCUGGAAGAGACGUUAUGGCACAAAUCGACUCAGCUCUUAUGGCUCAACUGAGCAAGAAGUUUGAUGGUAUCACGCAGAUGAGCGACUCCGACGUUAACGGGUUUUAUGUGACGAGGGUUGCUACCGCCAAGGAUGUAGCGAACGCCGGAGCAAGCACUCAAAUCAACGACAAAGCCAACACCGAAGCGAGAAGCGUCGACGAAUCUGGCAGAAUGACGAAGAAGGCAAUCACGGACGUGUUACAACCGGUUGUCACCGAGAGCCCCAUGUCGGAAUGUGAGGCGAACGCCGACGAUAUCGAAAUCAUGAUGGACAACAGCGCCAGCUUCUUGCGCGCCGCUCGGGCGGGUAACCUUGAAAAAGUAUUGGAGUACCUCAAAGGCAGCAUCGACAUCAACACAAGUAAUGCCAAUGGAUUAAACGCACUGCAUCUCGCUUCGAAGGAGGGUCAUGUGCCCGUUGUCAAAGAACUGCUACAUCGAGGCGCCGAAGUAAACGCGGCGACGAAAAAAGGCAAUACGGCUUUGCACAUAGCGUCCUUGGCUGGCCAGACAGACGUCGUGCGUUUACUGGUUGAGAAAGGCGCCAACGUUAAUGCUCAGUCGCAGAACGGCUUCACGCCGUUGUACAUGGCCGCCCAGGAGAACCAUGACGCCGUCGUUCGUUUGUUACUAGCCAAUAACGCCAGUCAGAGUCUAGCGACAGAGGACGGCUUCACGCCACUUGCAGUUGCGCUCCAACAAGGCCACGAUAAGGUGGUUGCAGUGCUCCUUGAGAACGAUGCGAAGGGCAAGGUUCGUCUGCCGGCGCUUCAUAUCGCCGCGAAAAAGGACGACACGAAGGCGGCUGCCCUGCUCUUACAGACCCACGAGCACAACCCAGAUGUCACUUCAAAAUCGGGCUUUACGCCAUUACACAUCGCAGCGCAUUAUGGAAACGCUAACAUCGCAGCGUUGCUCCUUGAAAAGGGGGCCGAUGUAAAUUUCCCAGCGAAGCAUCAAAUCACUCCUUUACACGUUGCUGCCAAGUGGGGCAAAGCCAACAUGGUCAAACUAUUACUCGAAGAAGGAGCCAAGCUUGACGCAUCAACGAGAGAUGGCUUGACGCCGCUCCAUUGUGCCGCCCGAAGUGGCCACGACCAGGUCGUUGAUCAGCUGAUCGAGAAGGGGGCACCAAUUACGGCCAAGACAAAGAACGGCCUUGCGCCACUUCACAUGGCGUCACAGGGUGACCACGUGGAGAGCGCUAAGAUCCUACUAAACCACAAGGCGCCUGUUGACGAGAUCACCGUGGACUAUUUAACAGCAUUACAUGUAGCCGCACAUUGCGGUCACGUAGGUGUCGCGAAAUUGCUACUCGAAAAGAAAGCCGAUGCGAAUUCGCGGGCGUUGAACGGAUUCACCCCGCUACAUAUCGCCUGCAAGAAAAAUCGAAUCAAGGUCGUCGAAUUGUUACUCAGACAUGGAGCGUCCAUUGAGGCUACGACCGAGUCUGGGCUUACUCCUCUGCAUGUAGCUUCGUUCAUGGGUUGCAUGAACAUCGUGAUCUAUCUCAUCCAGCAUGGCGCGAAUGCCGAUGUGCCCACGGUGCGCGGGGAAACCCCCCUUCACCUGGCAGCCCGAGCGAACCAGACGGACAUCGUGCGGAUACUACUCCGCAAUGGCGCUCAGGUUGACACCAAGGCGCGGGAACAGCAAACACCAUUGCAUAUUGCCGCGCGGCUGGGUAACACCGACAUUGUCGGGCUUCUCCUACAACAUGGAGCGCACGUCGAUUCAGCUACGAAGGACCAAUACACGGCGUUGCAUAUAGCAGCCAAAGAGGGCCAAGAAGACGUGGUCAAUAUGCUACUCGAUCAUGGCGCAUCGGUUACGGCGAAAACGAAGAAAGGCUUUACACCGCUGCAUCUAGCGGCCAAAUAUGGCAAUCUGCGCGUUGCUAAACUCCUUCUGCAGAAGGAGGCUGACGUCGAUGCGCAGGGCAAGAACGGCGUGACCCCGUUGCACGUGGCGGCCCACUAUGAUCAUAACGAUGUGGCACUUCUGCUUCUCGAGCAGGGUGCGUCGCCGCAUGCGGCCGCAAAGAACGGCUAUACUUCGCUGCACAUCGCUGCGAAAAAGAACCAGAUGGAUAUAGGGUCAACACUGUUGGAGUAUGGCGCCAAGACAAACGCGGAAUCGAAAGCCGGUUUUAGCGCACUUCACCUAGCAGUUCAAGAGGGUCACGCCGAAAUGGCUGCUUUGCUGAUCGAGCAUGGCGCCAAUGUCGACGCGGCCGCUAAGAACGGUCUAACGCCACUGCAUCUCUGUGCACAGGAAGACAAAGUCAACGUGGCAGCGAUUCUGGCCAAACACAACGCUCGAAUCGAUCCGGCGACCGCAGCAGGCUAUACCCCACUGCACGUGGCUUGCCACUUCGGACAAACCAAUAUGAUCCGCUUCUUGCUACAGCAUGGCGCUGACGUAAAUGCCACCACUACCCACGGAUAUACCCCACUUCAUCAAGCGGCUCAGCAAGGUCAUACGAUGAUCAUUAACCUACUGCUUGAAAACCGCGCCCAGCCAAACGCCACAACUAAUCAAGGUCAAACAGCGCUGUCUAUCGCGCAGAAACUCGGCUACAUCUCGGUGAUUGAGACGCUAAAGGUCGUGACCGAAACGACAGUCACCACCACAACAACGGUUGUCACUGAAGAGAAAUACAAGGUCGUCGCCCCGGAAACCAUGCACGAGACAUUCAUGUCCGAUAGUGAGGAUGAGGGCGAGCAGGACAAUAUGAUGGGAGAUCAUUCGUUUAAGUAUUUAACUGCGGACGAAAUGAAGUCUCUAGGCGACGACUCACUGCCGAUCGACGUCACCCGAGAUGAGAGGUUGCACGAAGCCCAUGUAGCCCACAUUGCCAGCCAACAGGCAGCCACACGCCCGCACGGCCAUAUUGCACCUUCUGCCCAGGAAGAAGACAGGCUCUCACCGUCCCAUCUAGACCAGUCCUUUGCCAAGGCGGCGCCUGACAACGUUGAAGUAAAACGUACCCCAGUGCAUGCCGGUGGUGAAGGAAAACUAAAAUGGAAAACGUUCCUGGUGAGCUUUAUGGUAGAUGCUCGAGGCGGCGCCAUGCGUGGCUGCCGUCACUCGGGGGUUCGUGUGAUCAUUCCCCCGCGAAGGGCAUCAAUGCCGAUGAGGGUGACGUGCCGCUUCAUCCGCAAAGAGAAGCUGGCUCAUCCGCCGCCGCUUAUGGAGGGCGAGGCCUGCGCCGCCCGCAUCAUCGAGAUGGGCCCCGCCGGGGCAAAGUUCCUCGGGCCAGUCGUCAUCGAAGUGCCACACUUUGCUUCGCUCAGAGGUAAAGAACGAGAAAUCGUCAUCCUGCGCUCUGACAAUGGAGAGGCAUGGAAGGAGCACACGAUGGAGGCGACGGAAGAUGCCGUCUCCGAGGUUCUCAACGGUAGCUUUGAUGCUCAAGAGCUGAAUGCGAUGCAAGACUUUAACACCAAUCGCGUGACGCGGAUCCUGACAACCGACUUUCCGCAGUACUUCGCCGUGGUAUGCCGUAAUCGCCAAGAGGUCCACUCGAUCGGACCGGAGGGUGGAAUGGUGUCGUCAACGGUCGUUUCCCAGGUUCAAGCGAUCUUCCCUGAUGGGGCGCUUACCAAGAAGAUCAAAGUGGGACUCCAGGCCCAGCCUAUACACACCGAUGUGGUCACGCGGCUGCUGGGCAACCGCGUGGCGGUCAGCCCGAUCGUAACGGUCGAGCCGCGCCGUCGCAAAUUCCACAAGCCCAUCACCCUAACGAUUCCGUUGCCACGUGCCGCCCACAAGGGCAUGACAAACCAGUACUCUGGUGAUGCGCCCACACUCAGGUUACUUUGCAGUAUCACAGGUGGACAAACCAAGGCUCAAUGGGAAGACGUGACUGGAUCGACUCCGUUGACCUUCGUCAACGAUUGUGUAUCUUUCACCACCACCGUCUCAGCCAGAUUCUGGCUAAUCGACUGCCGCCAGGUCAGUGAAGUGACCAAAUUCGCAGGUGAGCUCUACCAAGAAGCAGUGCUUGUCCCGUUUAUGGCUAAAUUUGUGGUAUUCGCCAAGCGCCACGAGUCUCUUGAGGCGCAGCUGAGGGUGUUCUGCAUGACUGAUGACCGAGAGGAGAAGACUCUCGAAUCGCAGGAACACUUCGCCGAGGUGGCAAAAAGCCGAGAUGUCGAGGUUCUCGAGGGCACGCAACAGUACCUCGAGUUUGCGGGCAAUUUAGUGCCCAUCACCAAGUCCGGGGAGCAGCUCGCUCUCACGUUCGAGGCAUUUAAGGAGAACCGAGUAGCCUUCAAUGCCCGCGUCAAGGACAUGCACCAGGAACCGAUGGGACGUGUUGCUUUUAUGAAAGAGCCACGCAGUAAACAUCAGGACGCACCGCAGACGCCCGUUUGCAACCUCAAUAUAAAGCUACCGGAGCCCGUCGAGUACAUGAGUGUACCACUCGAGAAAAAGUACGGCUUCGUGCAGGAGACCGGGUUACGCCCGCAAGAGAUGAUCCACCGCGGCGACCUACAUCUGUCUGACACGGCCAGAGAACUGGGCGCCGACUGGUCCGCUCUUGCACGCCAGCUAAAUAUACCAACCCAGGAAAUUCAGCAGAUCAAAGACGAGAUACUGAAUGAUAACAGCCAACAGGCGUUAACCAUGUUGAGGAUCUGGAUUCAGAGGAUGGGUCCGGCAGCGACGGGCAAUGCAUUAGAAAAAGCACUUCAGAACAUCGGUAGAGAGGACAUCGUGCAAAAGUGCAUGUCUAACACCGAGGUGGUUACUGACGAAGUGGAACGCGCACUCGCGAAGGUUCAUCUGAGCGGAGCUGUUCCGGCCUCAGUUGUUACUGUCACCCGAACCACCCUCGUCACGACCAGCUCGGCUGACGAAAGGGACAUUAUGAAGGACGCGGAAUCAGCCGAAGAUACCAGCAGUGGAUCUGCCAAAGUUAAGCCAACUGCCACCCCUGCACCUGUUGACGAAUUUUUUGGCAUAACCCGCGGGCCCGAUGAUACACAAAUUGAGAUCACAUCUUAUUCAACCACGACCUCAGCCUCGAGCUCAACAAAGACUUCCCUCAUUGAGCACUCGCCAAUGACCAAAUUGCAGACCAGUACGACGAAAAUUGAAGCCAAAAAAGAUAGAGCACCUGUUCCGCUUUCGAACAAAGAAAAGGGUCCCGAACCCGACGUGAAAGUGGCUGCCAGGAAGGAGUCCUUUGAAGACAAGAAGCCCGAACCGCUUAAAAGGGAGGAGAAGAAGCCAUCGCCUAAAAGAGAGAUUCCUCCUCUCAAAAAGGAGCCUCCUAAGAAAGAGAAAAAGGACGAACCGAGAAAGGAUAGCUCAAUGCCAGUUAAAAAAGAAUCUCCAAAAAAAGAAACUGCUUUUAAAAAAGAUGACUCGCUCAAAAAGGAGCCUGUUUCUAAGAAGGAAGAAUCAGCGAAGAAGGAAGUCCCGAAACGUGAAGAUUUAACUGCCUUUAAAAAGGAUGCUGGUACUAUUAAGAAGGAGCAGUCUAAAAAGGACGAACCCAAAAAGGAGCAGUCUAAAAAAGAGGAGUUAAGGAAAGAGGUUGCAGCCAAGAAAGAUUCUCCUAAAAAGGAGGCUCCUAAAAAAGAGGAGGCGAAGAAGAUCAAGAGCCCGAUCGCGACACCUCCUGAACGCCCGAAGAAGGCAGGGGUUCCUUUUACUGAAUCGGCAGCAGAGGGAACCAUUGUGCCCAGUAUGACAACCGCCAGUCAUGCCAUCAUGAGCGAAAUCAUCAAGAAGACCGAGCUUCCUCAGGCCAAGGUGCCAACGCUGAAACGCGGUGGAACACCGGUGGAUGAGCUGUCAGCAGAACUACUUGAGCAAAUUGUCAAGGACGACAAGGAGUUUGCUCUAAAGGGUACAGCAUCCACAAAAGCGCCGGUUAAGUUAAAAGGCCGCAACAUCAUGGACGUGGCUCCCGGCGGAAUAAUGGGAAGAAAUGUUGAGAUAGAGAGGUACAUCAAGGAGACUGCCCCUGAAGAGGUCGUCAUCCCGGAGUACCGUCAGGAAACUCGAGCAGUUACGUCAAAAACAAUGACUAUCUCCAGAGAAGGGGUAAUCGGAGAAUUGAGCGAGGCACUCAAGGACUUUGAUGCUAGCGUCCCAGGCUUAGCCCCAACCGGCGUAACCACCCAGCGCACAGUCACGACCCACGCACACAACUCCCGAGGUCCAGUUGCUCCCACAGAGUUAAUUUCCCAUCCUUCUCCCGAGCACCGUAGCAGCGGACCGAUCAUCACCAAGAUCGGUGGUGACGAAGCUGAACGUAUCACUACUGCUGUCGCCAUCGCGCCCGUUACCUCCGCCAUCCAACAACAGCAAUCAUCGCAAGAACUUCAGCCAACAGACGCUAUAAUAAUGAGCAAUAUACCACCUGCAGGCUUCCAGCACACAUUCGACGAGGCCUUUAGCGGCACACGUUACGGCAGCGAUGGUUUUCCAACUUCGACUGUUCGGGAGUCUCACGAGGUGGUGUUACCCCCCGACGGCACGUUACCGCACGCCAUAACAAAAGCCACGACUGCCGCUUUUGUGCAAGAAGAAAGCCAGCCCGGUCCGAUCGAGAUCUCGAGCAAGCAACAGCACGAGUCUGAGGCCGCGGCGUCUGACGCAGAUACCAGCCAGGUGUCGGUUUCUAGUUUACCUGAAGACGAAGGGACCGCCUCUUCGGGACUGCAGCACCUGCAAGGUGCCGCCGGAAAAACGUCCAAAGAGGAACAGGAGGACUCCGGACCUGGUGCGGAGGCCAUGAGUUUCAUCGAGAAGAAAGAAUACUUUGAAACUCUGGCGACGGAAACCGUUGAGGUCUUGUCACCAACGCAACGGCAGGACAGUGUUGAAAGUGGGUCCUUCAGGCAGCAGUCCCAGGAGCGGCAGGAUAUGCUCGAGGCGUCGACCUCAAGUACGAAGACAAUGUCCGAACAGCCAGAGGGGCAGAGUAAGCAACAACAAAAUGAAGAAACUUACGAAAUCAAACGCCUAUUGGUAAAGACCGUCGAAGAGGGGCGCGAAGUUAAAGAGUUUGUCGACCUCGUCAAGCAGGAAAGGCAAUUGGAAGCAAAGGCAGUGACAACUGAGCAACCUGGCAUCCCCGGAAUGAAAGCAAAAACUAGAGCGACUGUGGUAGAAACAUCAAUAGAGAAACAGCAGACAGAGGUCAGCAAGCGUGCUCCUGAGCAUAUAGAACUACCUACGACAGAUAUCAAAAGUCAACAACAGCAACAACAACAGAAACAGCAACAACAAUCACACCCACAGGCGGAACAGUCGAGCGAGACGGCGAUGGAUAUUCAUGGAUCUGAUGAAAGCAAAGCAAAGCAAAAAGUCACGGAUAUCGACAGUUGCAAGGCCAGUGAGGUCUCGAGCGAGCUACCUCAGGCCGAAACCAAGUUGAGCUCUGUGUUUGGAGAAAAACUCUUUCCUAGUGCCACGAUUCCGAAAGGAGAGGCAACUCUCCUUGAUGAAAAGGCACUGGAGAAAUUCACCGUUCAGGACGAAUUUUCAGUUCAGGAGCAACAGCAUGCAGUGCACCGUGUUGCGGAAGUGUUGACCAACAAGACUGUGGUUAUUCAACAGUCAAAAGACUCCCUUGUUAUGCAGGAAACUCGCGAAGAAUCGCCCCAAAAGGACUUCACUGGCUAUGACGUACGUACAUCACCGACGCUACUUGCACAUAAAGUACAUAUGCCUCUGACACCGGAACUCGAAAGGGAGGAUAUGCUGCGGGUCGAGUAUGCGAGCGAGGAGCUCGGCUCUAUACAGUUGGAAACUGCUGAGACUAUACAGCAAGAAAAAAGUACAGAACGCGAUGCGGAUAGAUUGCCAAAAGACGAAGCAGAGCCUUCGUUCACCGGCGAUAAUGAACAACCGGCGUUUAUUACUGAAUUAACCGAGACCCACACCGUUGGAUCACCCGAAAAUGUCGAGGACUUCUAUAAAGUUGAAAGCCCUGAGCUCGUUAGAGCGAAACAAUCAGUGAACAGAAGUGCUCUCUUCCAGGAUGUGUCAGAUGAACCAGAAACAAUUACCGAAGAAAGAGUUUUUUACACUGUGGAAACCCCCGAGCAUACGAUGACUCAAGAGGAGGCAUUUUCCAUAAAAACUGACAUCACUACCAUUAUGGAGGAGACUAAGGUCAUCAACGUCGAAGUAAGCAGCUCAAAGUUGACCCAAGGCGACGACGAUACAUUGCUUUCGCAGGAGGUUGAGCAGAUUGCCACCAAACUGCAGGAACACGAAAGUAUUUUAGCUGAAGUAGUUGAACUUAAGGAAGAACUCCCAUUGACCCCGGAAUCUGAUAAAAACAAGCAUAAACUUGAGUCGAAAGAUCCUACUAAAGAGGAGAUCGAGAAGAGAAUGGAACAGAUGAGCUUUUCUUCACCCGAGGAACCGUCUUCACACAAAGAUUUCGAUCCAUUAAGGCGUGGCUCUAGCUUAGAAGCCCUUAGCGAUUCGGAAGUGGCGCCAAAGUCUGUUAUUAGUGAACCUUCAAGCGGACCAGCAGCGCACACACGAGUUGAUGGAUCUCUAGAAGAGCUCAGUAUCGCGUCUUCCAAGUCAUUUGACCCUGAACAGCGUGGGCUAAGCCCUGACUCAGAGCUUCCUGCUGAAUCCCUACAGUGCCGUGUACUACCCGCAACCACUGCGUCAAUCACAGAAACAGCGAGUGUCUUGGAUUCCAACACAACUAAGUAUGAAGCUUUGUCGCCUGACACUCCAAGUGCCGCGUCAGCUCCGCCUAUAGAUCAGUAUGAUCGAGCCAGCAGCCCUGGGGAUGACUCGUCUUCAGAAGGUAGUCACAAGCCAACUGGGCAGCCAGUUAUGACUGAACAAGCAUCCGCUAAAUUAGUUGAACGACCGGAAGGUGCUCUGUCUCCAGAUGAUCUCUCAGAAGCAUCUGGUCCUCUUGCGCAUCCCCUUAAAAGAGCUGAGACCCCCGACUCGGAGUUAAAGCCUAGCCUGGAUACAGAUUCUAGUGACUUCCCGAAAAAGGAAGAGCCAUGUAAAUUCUCAAAGUUAGAACAAUCUGAACUACCUUUUACAGAAGAAUUUGAUCUUCGUCAAUCGCCGACAAUGAAGGCUCAUGCGAUCAGGCUGAACGAAGACAGUGCUGAUCGACUUCUGCACCAAGAAGAGUACAUGGAAGUACUUCGUACGCAAGAGCUGGAAGCGCAUAGUGCACAGCAGAAAUUUUUGACGGCGGAUGAGCCCAAGGAGCGCAGUAAACGACCACUGCAGGACCUCGCCGAGCCUCCCACUACUGUGUUCCAAGAGGCCACUCCUAUUCAAGAAAAUCUUCCUGAACUUGAAAGUGAAAAGGGCCAAUGGGAUAGCGGAUAUGAUUUCCCUAAAUCUCCCACGAUGAAAGCCCAUAUUGUAAAAAUAGCAAGCGAAGAUGCCGACCGUCUUCUCCAUCAGGAUGAAUAUAUGGAGGUCUUACGCAAGCAAGAAGAGGAGCAACAUGAGGAAAUUGAAGAAAAAGGUAAGCUCGAAACGUCAACCUCCGCGAAAACAACGGAAGACGAAGACUCGGGUAUGCCAACCGACUUCAACAUUCGACAAUCUCCCACAAUGAAAGCUCAUGCGGUUAAACUAACUGACGAGGAUGCCGAUCGACUUUUACAUCAGGAUGAAUACAUGGAGGUGCUGCAGGCACACCAGGCAGAGAACCAGCGGGUAGAAUACCCAGAAGAAACAACCGAGUCGUCGUAUGUUGAACAGAAAUCAACGCUGUCUGAAUGCUACGAUAUCAGGGGCUCGCCCACGAUGAAGGCACAUGCGGUAAAAUUAAACGAAACCGAGGUCGAUCGUAAGCUUUACGCUGAAGAGUAUAUGGAAGUUCUUCGCAAACGUGAGGAGAAGACUGAGAUUGUAGGCGGAGAACAACAAAAGCACUGUUCUCCUAAUGAACCAAGUGUGGCAUCCUCUGACAAGAAAUAUGAUUUACACGCCCGCAACUCCCUGCUCAAGGCACUAUCUUCCAGUCAAUUUAAGCCGCCGAUUAAAGGAGAAUCUUCUGACACGAAAGAUUUUUCCGGGUUAGUGCCUCUGGAAGCAUCUUCAAGCACUAACGACGAAACAAUGCCUCGCUCGGAAUUCGAUCCGUGCCAGCUGUCAAGAAGCUCCGAUCCAGAAAAACUGUUAAAUCGGGUUGAGGUACUACAUCUCACGAUGGACGCAGAACUUCCCGAGGACAAAAAUAUCGGUCAGCCAGUGAAGUCCGAAGCAGCGACGAUUGCGACGGUGUCAACAGCUAAAGAAAUGGAAAGCUUCGAUACGCAAGUAAGCGAGCACCAGAUGCGAACCGUUGAGACCCUCGGACCGUUGGAACGAUUCAAAGGCAUCGAGAACGCCGCUUUUCAAUUAGAGGAUGACGAUGAGCCGAUCAAUACUCCCAGAGGCAUUCUCGACACGAUGGCUAAAACGCUGUCGGAGGAACAACAGUCCGAAGCCAUUAGCGAAAGUUCGAUGGUCGAGAGAGAACUUAGUCCCGAGACGGAGGUCAUUCAGGAAAUGAUGCAGACAAUCGAGCCGAAAUGUGUAAGCCGAACGGUGCAAUUUGGCAGUGCGCCAGUAACGACGAGUAAUCAAGUUAGCAGUCGAGAGAACCACGAUACGCUGCUGACGCCUAGUAGUAUUCGAGAACAGCAGCACUCGCGUAUUCAAUUUAAUCAGUCCACCCCUAGCGUUGAGCGGCUCUCGGAGGAGAUUCGUUCGACGCAGGAAAAGGCUUCGACGAUUGUACAGGAGGUUACAGAAAAGGCGGCCGAAAUCGUGUCGCAAUUGGCUGCCGCCCGAAUUGUCGCGGAACCCCAGUCACGUCAACAACAACAGCAGCAGGAGGAAGAGCGCGGCUCUAGUCCCGAUACGGAAAGCUUUAUCGAUCACGAGAAGGACAGGUCCGCCUCAGACCAGCUGGUCCGAGACGUCAUCGAAGAAAUAGCCGAAGAGGACGAGACCUCCGCAGAAUGUCAACCAAGCCUCCGCACAGAUCAUACUCAGAUGAAAGAGAAGACCAUCCUACUUUCAAUGGACGACUUUAGCUCCUCACUUGAGGACGAAAUUAUCGAGACUGGAUCCGCAGAUAGUCUCGAAGGUGAACUUGUUGAGACGCGUGCAACCCUCACUGAAUUCCGACAUCCAGUGCUACAAGAGAUGUUGCACGAAGAAUCUCUCAGCAGCAGCAGCAGCGCAGGCCAACAGGGAGUGUCAUCCUCAGCUACGAUGGUGUCUAGCACCAGCAGUGCGACUUCAAUGACUACUUCUACAACUUCGAGCACGUCCGUGACAACGACCUCACAAUCUUCGGAAUCGUCGGCGCAAUCAGUUCUACAUCAGUCGCUAGCAGCAGCUCAAGACACAGAGCACGCUGGCCAGGAUGGGCGAAGUAGAGGACUUUCUGAGGACAUCAGCUACAACGACACACCGCAGCAGCAGCAACAACACCACCAAAUGAGGCCAAUAGCAGUGGCCUCAAUCGAGUGUCCAAUGGCAUUUGAGAAUGUCGCCUUUCGAGACGACUCAUCGUCGGAAGCACGCAUCGAAUUCCGGCCAGGUGAGAACACCCUCGUGUCGGAAUUGUCGGAGCAUGUCCAACGACAACAACACAUCUGUAAUGUGCCGUCGCACCCACAGCAACUGUCGGAACAAGGACAAACGGUUGUUGGGCCUGUUGAGUUCGGCAGUGUUAUGGACCAGCGUGCAAGCACCUUUGCAGCAAGCGUUGAGGCGUUGACUAUAACCGAAACCACCGUCACCACGUCGACGACGUCAAUGACCGGGUCCUCGGACACGGUCCAGCUAGUCAAGGGCUCCAUGCUCAAGCAGGAGUCCCGAGACGAGUCCACCCUUUCGCAGGAUAUCACACAUUCGGCUUCAGACGACGAUGAUGAUGAUGAAGCUAACCGAAGUGACGAUGGAUUUAAUGAUAAUGCGAUGGGCAGUGAUAGAAAGUCGCUAAGCAAAGAGGCUGAAUGUGGGGACGGAGUAGUAGUUCGCAUGCGGCGUUCCAUGCCGCAGCAACAGCAAGAUGGGGGUUCUACUGAGGGCAGUAGCGGCGAUCAGGAGAAGAGGCAAAGCUAUUUGUCUGAAGAGUCCUCGGAAAAAGGUGACUCGGAACGGCGGCAGUUUGCUUCAUCAUCUGAGCCGAUUUCGUCAACGACGACCGCUACCCAUACGUCGACCGAGUACGAGACAGCGUCGCAAGGAUCGAAGUUGUCUGUCUCAACGACAUCCUCAACGUACAAAACCGCGCAGACCUCAACGCAGUCGACGAUCUCUGAUGGGUCAGAACAUUCGGCCAGUCAUUUCUCGACAGCAACAACAGGCGGGGUUGGUGGCGAGUUAUCGGAUGCGAGCGAUACCAUCCUUGAAUCGCCAAUUGGACCUGUGAGCACUGAACGGCCCCGGGAGGGCUUAUGGGCCGAUGCGCCCAAGCAAAGCCCGCCCCGAGAGCUAGCGCUUGGCGAUGUGACCGCGUCUCAACAGCAUGUUUCGCAACAGCAAAGCGGUCAGCCACAAGGAGACGAGAGCAGUAGCCCCAUGGAGGAGCUUCUUCGGCGGUAUCCGUACGGACUUCCUAGCAGUGGGAUGACCGACAUGACCGAAGUGGACGACGAAGAUUAUGAGGCUGGUUAUCACAGCGACAAGACCGUGGGAAUGCUGAGAAGGAAGAGGCUUAGUCCGAUUCUGGAUGACCACGGGAGCACUCCGGACGCGGAUUCCGCCUCAAUGAAGAGGUCGUUGGGCAGAGGCAGUGAGCGAGAUGAUAUGAGUGUUUGCUCGCUCCAAGAGUUCGAAAGGCUGGAAGCGGAAAUGGCGCAAUCCAAGAAUAGUGUCGCAUCGAGCCUCGAGUCGAGUAGUCACCUGACGGGAAGCUUGCCGCCAACGCAAGGUCUUCAGGGUAGUAUGUCCGGCCUGGCGGGGUCUGGAUCGGCAGGAACCAGCAGCGGCAGUAGACUGGCAGGUGACCUUCUUCCCGCCGCUCUAAGCGCUGGGGGCCAGCAGCCAGCCGAUUUUGAACGUUUGGAACGCGAGAUACAUUUGGAGGGUCUGCAGGGAAGCGUUCAACAGUCAGAGCCCGAUAGGGCGAUGGCUGUCAUCCGGGAACAGGAAAUUGAGAUGUUUUCCUCUCAGCUCAACCUGGGUCUCAACCCAGACCUCGAGGCGAACGCGUCGCUUUCCGAAGGAAGCCCAGAUUCGGCCGUCGUGACGGAGCUCCAAUGCUCCACCGGCAGUUUGCAGAGCUCCCGGCAGCCCAACGUAGUGAGUGCUAGCGCAGAUGUAGUAACUUCAGGGGUCCAGAUAGUAAUCCCAAAAGUAUCAACGGCAGCAGGCGUGGGGGGCGAGAGUGGAUCUUACGAGGACGGAGGCAAUGAAUCGCUGCUGGACAGUCUGAUCGAAGAGAUUGAACAGCAUCAUAAACGUGAGGCUAGCCAAGAUGAGGAUAAGGGCAUCGAGCCGGACUCGUUGGCCCAGGUACAGACUCCUGAUUUUCCGGAUUCUUUGUCGCAUUCUCAUGGCGGCGAGGCCGCGCUGUAUGAUUCGCUGCACGAAGUCAAAGAGAUUGGAGAAUGGGAUUCGUUUUACGAGGGCAAGGAAGGUUCGGGUAGUGGCGAAGUUCUAGGCGAACGCGUCUUGAGCAUGUCACCCACGGUCACCGUGCAGAAGACAAUUAGCCACAGCAACGAUGGAGGUACGACCUUGACAACCCGAACGACUGUCACGAAGAUGAUUGUGACAACGGGCGACGCGGACGAGUUCCGAGAGCUAUCCGCCUCAGGCAGUCCGAUUGGUCAGGACACGCCAGGCCAGGGCGGCUAUAUAAGUAUAGCCACGACAACCACAACGAGUCCACGUAGUCAGUCGGCAGGAGACCACAGUACGACGAUCAUCGGCAGCGACCAACCGGACUCUGGACUGUUUCACAGUGACGACGACUAUUCGAUGAUUCCUGCCGUUGGCCAAACUACUACAGCGGUUAGCCCUACGGCGGUCAGCAGCACCAGGACAAUAAUUCCCGGUUCAACUUCGUUUGCGGAAUCGACGGUCGACUACCUCAUCGAGAAGCGAACGUCGCCGUUGGUCAGUCCAGAGUUGAAGGGUCCCUGCGUAGAAGCCAAUGUCUCACUUAUGAUGGCUUUGCAACAACAGCGGCCGGUUGGCGCGAGUAGCAGUCCCGGCGCAAAUAUCCCCAAGCAAUCUUCUUCUGCCGCAACAGCAUUUACAACCACGGCUCCUACUGCCUCUUCUGUGAUGCCGAGCAGCACUUCCGGCGACACCUCGACAACAUUCGCAGACUGCAAGCAAACGCAAGGAAGUCAACUGCUCGACGAGAUGAUGACGGCAGCCGAGUCACUCUCUACUACUCACACAAACGUGACUACUAGAACAGUGACGGAAAUCGAACACGAUUCAGAAGGCUAUCCACACGAAAAAACCGCAACGAUCACCACGACACACAAGGUCACUACGGGUCCAGACGGGAAGCAACAUGUCGAAAAAACGGAGACCCGAAGCUAAACGGUUGCAGCACCAGAAAUAACAACAGCUGCAAAUGCAUUGCCAGACGGCAUGUUGCAUUGGACGUUAACCGCACCCAAUGGCGCCAACACCAGCGGUCACCUGUAACCAACAAUCGAGCGGAACCUAGAUCCGUACUACAACUGCCACUGUAUCUACCUGUUGAACGACCUGAGCGGAUGGUUGGUCCUUUCCCGAUGGAAGAAGACCUAGUCAUUGGCUGAAACGGCAUUACGGAUGAACGUCUUCGGAGGUGACGUCGCAUAGAAGUAUGAGACAAAAACGCGUCAACAGAAAUGAUAUGCGACGUACAACUAAAAUAACCAAACGUCUAGUGAACACCAGAUACAUGGAACCCCUUCCCCUCCAUCUCCAUUCCCCCCUCCCACUACCCUUAUUUAAAUCAACUGAAUAUCCGUAACAUUAAGAAGAAUUCGCUUUGCUCUAACAUAUACAAAUAGAAACAAGAUAACGAGCUACAUAAUGCCAACAUCAGAAUGUCAGUAACAUUCUAUAUAUUAUAAAUACAUAUAUUUACUACAUAAUUGUGCACACAGCUAGAGAUGUUUUUCUUAUCAAAAUAACCUACCUAUUUUGAAUAUCGGUUUUAUCUUUCAGUUGCUCCAUUGUUGCUCUCGCCAAAAGUUUUUUGAUGGCUGAUUCCUUUAAAAGCCACCCGGCGGUCUUAGAUAGGUGUCACCAGGUAAUCCCGAGUGGGAAGGCACGAUAAGUCUGAGUGAGUAGCUGGAUCGAAGUUGGUGUGAAGUGAAGCGCUAUCCAGCUCAGCAGAGGACCCUGUACAAGUAAAACAAAUGAAAAUACUAAAGACAGCCAUUGCCUAGCUACGAACGCUCGUUAUCCUUGUUCACCCUAUUGAUCCGGACGUAUUCGCCGCAAUGGCGCAAACUACAGUCUUGCCCGGCAGGUUGUUGUCGACAUUGGCACCUCAAUAUGAUGAUGAUCUAAUUGAUUUUCUUGAGAAUUAGUUCACCAUUCAUACUGCCAAAGAUAUACCCAUUGACAGCGGAUGUAUGAAUAUUAGGGAGACUGUAAAUGAAUAGAACGGGGACAAGCAAAGCAAUGGUUGAGGUUCGAAAUGAAAAGAUUUCUAUGCUCGAUGAGUUCGAAAUAAGCUGGCAGUAAUAGACAAGGCGUCCAGGAAGAAAAUAUAAACGUUAAAGACAUGAAACUGUAGUAUGACAAACCAAUAGUCUUCAUAAUAUCUAUGUCAUAUAUUGAACUCCAUUAAAAAGAAAUGACGACUGAAUCCACGUGAGUUUAGUGUGCGGGAGGGUUUGAAGUGUGUGUUGUAGCCGAGGCGUGAAUGAAGCUGAGAGAUUGAGCCGGGUUCGGAUAAGAGAAGCUUGACAAAGUGAAAGAAAUUAGGGGUGCCAUUGUCAAGCAGAAGGAAGAACGAGCAUAAUGCUUCAACUAUGUUCGGCUAGAAGCGUUAGUUAGUUAUAAGCUAAUACUGUCUAAUAUUAUCUAUCUUGAAAAAGACGUGUUUAUAAUCGCUGCUAAGUGAUGAUAACGGUUAAUGACGUGGUUAUAAUACUAUGUGUUUGACCACGCAUCUUGAUGGGAUGACAAAGCUAGGUCAAUAUACGCACUUUGUCAGGGCCGUCUGCUAAGCACCUUUGAAUCGAAAGGAUAUUAUCAGCGCUCUGCGAACAUCGUAAUCGAAAAAAAUACUGCCGUUACAACAAUUCGAAAAUAAACAUCAUUCAGGAUAUAAAUAAUAAGAUCAACAACAAUAGCUAAUACGACAAUACGAUAACAACAGCAUAAAAGAAGCCCCGUUCUGCCCCCCACCGCAAGACGUUCAGCACAAACUUUAUUACCCUGCUGAAAAUCGAUGUCGUAACGGUAUGCCGAAAAUUCAUAUAAUCGAUACUUCUACCCGAUAAAACGCUAUCUGGUACGUUAAGAACAUCCACUGUGCGAAUGAUGGCGACAACAUUUGCAAAGGGAAUAUAGAAGCCGUGCACACUUCGCAGCAGGAUACAGCCGUGAAAAGCUAGCCACACUUACAAGCGUUGAAAAAAAAAAAGCAUUUUUCGCACAAGAUGAUGCAAUAUAGAAGAAAAACGAUCGAUGACGGUCGUUUCUGUGAAUGGGACACGAUCCAGGCGCGCUUCCCCACAAACGAGACGGCGUAUUGUUUUUUGUUCAACAUUUUGGUCGUAAAUAACCCAGGCCCAUUUGUACGCUCAUAUAGUGGACAUGACAAGCGGAGGAAAAUGUCAUGAGUUGAGUAAAACUAAACUAGGAAAUUACGAGGAGAAGUAAUUUGUGCGCGGGUUGAUGAAAGGUAGCAAAUUGCAAAUGAAUAACAGUAGGUUAAAGUGAAGAACAGUGUUUGAUGACAGAACAAUAUACUCGUAAUAGCAAAACUAAGAUUAAUAUAUAAACUACUUGAUGAUUAAAAACUAUGCGUUUAAUGACGAGCGAGACUCGUAGAAGUAAUAGUGUACCUCUGAUCUUGCCUUUAAUAAUAAUAGCGACGAAAUAAAGUAACAGGACAAGGGCAUAAUUAAAGCAUA